AUGAAGGACCAUCAGAGCCUGAUGGCGGCUCUGCCUGAGAACAUGCUGACAGUCAACGUGUUACUGAGUGUCUUCCUUCUGCCAGGUGUUUUGGCUGAUUCCUGUAACCGUACGACACCAGCCCUCUUCAUCACAGCACCAAAGGAGAUUGAAGCUCUGACUGGAUCUUGUUAGCAAAUCCCAUGUGGCUUUAACACAAGUCCGACAAAAUUUGACAACAGGAUAACUGUCGUUGGAAUUUGGAUGAAGCAUAACUUAGAUUUUAACGGUGAUCCGAGAAAUGUUAUUUUCAACAGCUCUAGGACAGAAAAUACCCAUCAACUGGAUAUUGUUGGAAACCUGACAAAGAAAAACUGCACCAGUCUGUUUCAUGACUUAAACUCCAGCCAUGCAGAUAGAUACUUCUUCACAGUUGAGAACGGGCCGUUCAAAGCCACAGCUUGUCGUGAUCCACUUGAGAUAAAAGUCAAAGAUUCUCCUCGGAGUCCCAGCAUUAAUGUGACCUCUGACCUGAAGGAGCAUCAGUCUGUCACUGUAACCUGCUCAGCUUUCACUCCCUGUCCAAACUCACCUCCUGAACUCACCUGGAAUCUCCAACAAGACUCUCUCAGACACACAGAGAAAAACACAGAUGGAACCUUUACAACUAAAAUCCAGGAGAUCAUCACUCUGUCAGACACACAUGAUGGAUACAACAUCAGCUGUUCUGCCAGAUAUCCUGUGAUUGGAGGAAUCAAGACAGCAGACACAGAAGUGACUCUCAGUGUUUCAUAUGCUCCUAAAGACACCUCAGCAUCCAUCAGUCCAUCAGGUUUGGUGUCAGCAGGUAGCUGGGUGGAGCUGAGCUGCUCCAGCAGAGCCAAACCUCCACCCAGAUUCACCUGGUUCAGGAUCAGUGAACAUGGAGUCAUGAAUGUGUCUGUGGGGCCGAUUUAUGGCUUUAAUGUUACUGAGGGAGAAGAGUAUUACUGUGUGGCCACAAAUGAUCUGGGGAAUCAAACGUCAUCAAUAAUCGUUACAAGAAACAAAGAUUCUCCCUGGAGUCCCAGCAUUAAUGUGACCUCUGACCUGAAGGAGCAUCAGUCUGUCACUGUAACCUGCUCAGCUUUCACUCCCUGUCCAAACUCACCUCCUGAACUCACCUGGAAUCUCCAACAAGACUCUCUCAGACACACAGAGAAAAACACAGAUGGAACCUUUACAACUAAAAUCCAGGAGAUCAUCACUCUGUCAGACACACAUGAUGGAUACAACAUCAGAUGUUCUGCCAGAUAUCCUGUGAUUGGAGGAAACAAGACAGCAGAGACAGAAGUGACUCUCAGUGUUUCAUAUGCUCCUAAAGACACCUCAGCAUCCAUCAGUCCAUCAGGUUUGGUGUCAGCAAGUAGCUGGGUGGAGCUGAGCUGCUCCAGCAGAGCCAAACCUCCACCCACAUUCACCUGGUUCAGGAAAAGUGAACAUGGAGACAUUAAUGUGUCUGUGGGGCCGAUUUAUGGCUUCAAUGCCACUGAGAGAGAAGAGUUUUACUGUGUGGCCACAAAUGAUCUGGGGAAUCAGAAAUCAUCAGUACUUCUUAGUUUUGAAGAUCAUCAAGUGUUUGGACUUUUUCUCUGUGCUACAGUGAAGACCCUGGGAAUCAUAAUCCUCUGCAGUGCAGUCAUCAUCUUUGAGUGCUGGUUUAGAUUAUCCGGCAGAUCAAGAAAGGAUGCAGAAGAACCAGACCAGGGCAACAGAGUGAUGGAGAUUCAGACAUCAUGAGCCACAUGGAGACUGCCAGAG